GAUCUUUCGGGCAUACCUUAUGCAAUCAGCCUGAAAAGAACCAAGUCCUUUGCAUUUUCUCAUAUCAUGUACCAAUCCGAAUGUGAGGUAGUCCAUAAAAAACUGUCAAAUAAUGAUAACCAUUGGAUGUUGUUGGUGUCUAUUUUUAAAUGGGAAGUGUAUGUAUACGGACUGUUGACGACGGCAUGGUGCAUAGGACUUUAUACAUUGCUGGAACGAUACAGUGUUGGAGAGCAUAUCAAGGCCGGGGAGAUUCCUGCACGUCCACCAUCAACUUCAGUCAGUGUCAUGACAGCGGUUCUUGUGCCGCUACGUCAAGGCUCGCUGCAUCUCCCACAGCCUACAUCUAGCCGCAUAUUCUACACAAGCUGGUGGUGGUUUUGCAUCAUCAUCGUCGCAGUUUACACGGGUAAUCUGGUUGCAACUAUAUCAGUGGUAAAAGAAAAAAUACCCUUCAAUUCGAUGGAAGAACUUGCAAGAAAUGAUGACUUCAAGAUUAUCAUAAAUAGAGGGUCAUCCACUGAAGAUACCUACAAGUAUUCUAAUAAUAGUGUAAGCAAGAAAAUCUGGUCAAAAGUGUUGGAUACCCGAGCUACAAAUAUCCAAAACUCUCUGGAAGAGGAUCUUCACAUUAAGAUGCUCCUGCAGUCUAGCUACAACGCAUACAUAACCGGUUCAGCCAUAACUGAUGGUAUAGAAAAGACAGUUCAAAACCUCCGAAGGAUGAAAUGCAGCACUGGUCCGAACUAUCUAAGUCUGCCAUUUCCCGUCAACUCACCUCUUGUGGAGUUAUUUUCAGACAAACUCAUUCGUCUGUAUGAUAACGGCAUGCUGGAAGCCUGGGCAAGAAAAUGGUCCGGCACAAAACGGGAGGAACAUGUACCUGCAAUGACGAAGGUUGACAUGAGUAAUUUGCGGAGUGCCUGGGCAUUGUGUGUAUCAGGCGUUAUAGUAGCCUUUACUAUAUUAGGAAUUGAACGUUUCCUAAACUACCGAAUAAACAAAGAUUGAUUGGUUAUUCUAUGAAAAUGGGCACAGCUUAGUAAGUUACCGUGAGUUUACAUAUAUAAUUGAUGGCCCCUUCAUUGCUUCGGUAAAUACAGUGUAAAUAUUACCAUUACAAAAAGAAACAAAAAGAACACCAGAUUCUUUUAUAUUAUUACAUGUUAUCCGUCAACCAUAGCAAUAAAAAACAACCGGGUGUUCUUUGACUUCUUUUGAUUGUAUAUCAGCCAAAAUAUCAGAUUUAAAUUGAAAGAUUCCACUUCCUUUGUCGAAUUGUCUCAUGCUCUCGCGAUAGCCGCGCCUUAUUUAUGUUAAACUAGGUCAAUUUGACAUUAGACAUGACUUGUGUUGUAAAUAGUUGUGUUGCUUUUAUUGACAUGGGAGUGCUGAAACUGAUUAUUCGCUCAUUCCACUGCAUCACAGAUAGUGAAGAGUACAACCACACCGUAAACAGUGUCAGUUGUUAAUGGUUUAACCCUAACCACCAUACAUGUUUCCACAGCAAAAUCCCGUUGCCCUCUGUAUA